UCGUCCUUUUCACGCGCGCGCGCAUAUCUUUUGACUUUUCACUCUUCUCUCCCAACAACACACACACACGACUCUGCUCGACGCGCGCUUCGGCGCUACUACUUACGCCCCUCCCACCCCCCAACCAACACCCAACUUAUCCACAAGUCUUCGACGUUGACGCCGGCACACCGAGCGAUGAGCGCGCAGCGCUUGCACCGCCGCCGCCGUCUUCUACCUUAGUUGCAACACGACCCGUCUUUUGACUACCCGACUCUUAAACCCCCCUUCACCUCGCCAUGCACAUCACCUUCCUUACGACCCUUCUCCUCGCCUCUGUCCUCUUGCUGCUUGCAUGCGCGACCCUCGCAGACCCAUCCCCAGGCCCAGACCCAGCGCCUUUUGCUCUCGGCUUCCCUAGCCUCUCAGGCCGGUCUGUGCGGAGUAGCAGCGGCAGCGGAAAGCCGGCGGCGGCGGCCACCGACCUCCCGCUCCUUGCCCAGGCAGAGGAGCACUUUGAGGUCGAGGUCCUGCCGUUUGUGCUCGUGUCGAGCAUUGACGGUGCACUCCAUGCCGUGGCCCGUGACUCUGGCACUGUGCUCUGGACCUUGCGCGAUGGUGUCGAGCCUCUGGUCGGAGGAGGCACCUACGGCGACCGCAAAGGCGCCGAAGAGUACAUUGUCGAGCCUUUAAGCGGCAACCUGUACGCCUUUGACGACGAGGCCACUCCAAAACAGGGACAGGCCCCCAAGCUUCGCAAGCUUCCUAUCACUGUGGAGCAGAUCCUGCAGAACACUCCUUACUUUGUUCCCAGCAGCACUACCCGUACAACAAUUACUGGCUCCAAGCACACUUCGCUGUUGACGCUCGACUUGCGCACCGGCCAGCAGCUCGAAUGCUUCUCGUCUGAAAAAGCGCUCGAGAGUAUGUCGGGCAGCAACGCGAUUUGCGAAAAUGAUCUCCUUGACGACCUCGAGGGGAAUGGUCGUCGGAGUCGCGACACGCUCUUUGUGGGGCGCACCGAUUACCGCCUCACCAUCCGGACGCAUCCUACACAGACGGAAGAUGGUGAAGCGUUGUCGGUACCUCCACCGGCCAAAUCGGUCGGCGUCCAGGACCUCAAGUACUCGACCUACACUCCCAACAGUUUCGACCGCACUCUGGCCGACUACUGGGCCCGGACUGGUGGCGCGAAUCUCACUCGCGUAGAGCUUGGAUACGACGGCAUGAUCAUGGGUCUCGAGAAGAGCAAGGGUAGCAAGUGGAAUCGCUACCUCGAUGCUGUGGGCGUCGCAGUCUAUGACAUUGUCUUUCCGAUUUCGCCAGGCGGCGCCAACCCGAUCAUUCUUCCACAGCCCCCUGUCGACUUGGCGACAUUGGUCCCCGCUGGUGGUCAGCCUGGUGGCCACGCGAGCGAGCUCAACAAGCCGCCUUCGGCAUACAUUGCCAGCAUUCCCAUGCGCAAGGCUCUCCCAGCCCCCGACUCCAGUCAUUCGGACAAGUCUGAUCCAAACGUGUCCAAGCCAGAGGACUCGCCUGCUCGCUCACUCUUGUUCGCGCAGUCCUCGUCAGCAUACCCAAUCAUCGCUCUCAUUCACGUUCCGCCGCGCCCAGCGAGCAGUCCUGUGAACGCCUCGUUCCUCCUCUCUGAAGAUGACCCCGAGCGUAGGAGUCAGAGGCAGCUUCCGCCGUUACUUGACCCUCCGCCCAAGGAGGACAACUCGGUUACCACUGCCCCUGACGAGUACGACGACGAGUCACCUGUGCACGUCAAGAAGGGCUGGCUGUGGUUCUUCUGCACGGUUGUUGGUGCACUCGCAGUAUUCGGAGUCACCGUCUUCCGCCUCAGCAAGCCCAAGCCACAGAUUGUUGUGGACCUGACCGAGAAGACUGAGCGCACCCCGCUCCUGGUCAAGGACGUGACUGCUGUGGUGGAUGAAAAGUCGGCUACCGCUCCGACUGUUCGCUUCGAUACACCACCAGGCGACGACGGCGAGCCUGGGACGCCACCAAAGAAGAAGAACACUCGGCGCCGUGUUCGUGGAAGGAAAAAGGGUGGUCGCCGUGGUUCGGUUGGCCCUCAAGACGAGCCCAACGGGGACAAUGACGACGAUGACCGGGACGACAGCGGUUCUCCUUCCGAGGAGAAGAAGAUGGACGAGAAGCCGCUCCCCGAUCUGCCACGGACAUCUUCGUCGACACAGCUCCCCGACGACCAGGAGCGCCUUGCUGUGUCCGACACGGUCAUCGGCUUUGGCUCGCACGGCACCGUUGUUCUCAAGGGUACCUGGGGUGGCCGCCCUGUCGCCGUCAAGCGACUGCUUUCCGACUUUGUUCGCUUAGCGAGCCAAGAGGUCAAGCUUCUCCAGGCUAGUGACGACCACCCGAACGUUAUCCGAUACUACUGCCAGGAGCGAAGAGACAACUUCCUUUACAUUGCCCUCGACCUGUGCCAGGCCUCCCUGGCCGACCUGAUCGAGACUCCUGAUCGACACUUGGAGCUGGCUUCGGCUCUCGACAGGAAGCAGGCGCUGCAUCAGAUCACUGGUGGUCUGAAGCACCUUCACGCCAUGAAGAUUAUCCACCGUGAUAUCAAGCCUCAAAACGUUCUCGUGUCGAGGGCAAACAACGGCCAGCUUAAAAUGCUGGUUUCAGAUUUCGGUCUUGCUCGUCGACUUGAGCAGGGCCAGUCGUCGUUUGCGCCCACUGCAAACAACCUCGCUGGGUCACUUGGCUGGCGUGCGCCCGAGUGCAUCCGCGGCCAGGUCAAGCUCAACGAGGGCUUUGACCCCGUGCUUUCGUGCUCGUCAUCUGGUAGCGCGGCCUCAUCAUCCGGCUCGUUUGCCGACCUCACUGCCCUGGUGGAGGAGGACGGCGAGAAGCGGGGACCGUCGCGUCGCCUCACGAAGGCUGUAGACUUGUUCGCCCUGGGAUGCCUGUACUUCUGGGUCCUCAUGGGCGGCGAGCACCCCUUCGGCGAGACGUACAACCGCGAGUCGAACAUUGUCAAGGGCGAUGCCGUCAACAUGGACCACCUGUCCGUGUUAGGCGAGGAGGGCGUCGAGGCCCAGGCGCUGAUUGGCGACUUGCUUUCGAUGGAGCCUGAUGAGCGCCCUGGCACCGCCGACUGCCUGAUCCAUCCGUUCUUCUGGACGCCCGCCAAGCGCCUGAGCUUCCUCUGCGACGCGUCGGACCGCUUCGAGAUCAUGGAGACGGAUCCGCCCGAGAAGACUCUGGAAAUGCUCGAAGAGGACGCCCAGGCCGUCGUCGGCAAGGACUGGUACUCUCGGAUGGACAAGGUGUUCACUAGCAGCCUUGGAAAGUACCGCAAGUACAAGGGGAACACUGUGCGGGAUUUGCUGCGCGCAAUGCGGAAUAAAAAACACCACUACCAAGAUCUUGAGCCCAGUGCACAAAGACACUUUGGCACGUUACCAGCUGGCUUCUUGCACUACUUUACGUUCAAGUUCCCGCGCCUGUUCCUGCACGUCUAUGGCGUGGUGCGCAACAGCCGGCUGCGACACGAGUCAAUGUUUGUGGAUUACUUUAAGGAGUAGACUGGGAAAAUGUUGUAUUUGUAGGAAGUAUAGCAUGCAUGUUAGCAGUAAUCUAG